CUAUAAAGUAAUCUUAAGUUUCCUUCUCUCUUUUGUCUCUCUGAAUUAUUAUAUAUACCUGAUAUUAAAACAAAUAACAAUAAUAAUAAUAGAAACAACAUGCGGCCAUGGCUAUACCUUCUCCCAUCUCAACAACAUUAAUUUCUCCUAAAUCCAUUCCAUUAAUUCUUGCCCUUUUCGUCCUUAUUUUCUCUCCUUCAUCGUAUUCCUCAAAACACAAACAUUCUUCGAACACUUUCAGGGGUUUUGAGGUGGAGAAAAAAGCAAGACUGGGUUCGACGCCGCCGAGCUGUCACAACAAGUGCAACCAGUGCCACCCAUGCACGCCGGUGCAGGUGCCAACUCUGCCGCAAGGCCACCGGAGUUCAGCCCGAGAAAACCCUUCGAACUACCACUCAUCAUCAGCUGGGGAGAUGUACUCCAAUUACAAGCCACUUGGGUGGAAGUGCAGAUGUGGUGGUCGAUUUUACAACCCUAAUUAAUUCGGUUUUAUUUUCAAAACCUUAAUUAUCUUAUUUUCGGAAAAACUCUGUAUUAUUGUCAAGCGUUGCAGAUGAUGCCAUGGAAAUAGCCAAGAAUUCUUGUUCAAA